UCCGGGGCACCAUGAAACCCAACAAAUGGAGUCUGAGAAUUCCUUUGUCCAGUACAGACCGGAUGUCCUGCUUAUUUUUGAAGCUCUGACUACAUCUCGUUCGAGCGGAAAGGAGGGUGGCUGCCUUCAGGAUGCAAUGUAGAAACCCAAGACCUUGUCAUUGUAAUGAUUUGCUAGCACUGUGUCCCACCCACCCACACUAAAAUAAAAAUGCUGAAGAAGGAAAUGGAAUUGUGCAACAUCAAAAGCAAACACAGACCUCUGCUGGAUCGAAAGUUGUUCCACAAGUGGAACAGCAGCAUUGGAUUUCACCCAUGCACAACAGCCAGUGUGGUCCUCUCCAGACACUGUGGACUACAAGCUCCUUCAGCCUCACAACCAGAGUCUUCACAGCCUCACUGGUUGACCACAGAAGAAAGGAACCAAGUUUUAUAUGAGCUCAAAGCUUCAGGAUGGUCUGAGUUAACCGAAAGGGAUGCCAUAUACAAAGAAUUCAUCUUCAAAACUUUCAAUCAGGCUUUUGGUUUUAUGACUCGUAUUGCUCUCCAGGCCGAAAAGAUGAAUCAUCACCCUGAGUGGUUUAAUGUGUACAAUAAGGUCCAGAUAACUCUCAUUUCCCAUGACUGCGGUGGACUGACAAAGCGAGAUGUCAAGCUGGCUCAGUUUAUUGACAAAGCUGCUGCAUCUGUCUAACAAAUGAGUGCUGAAAUCAUCACAAAAUAGCAUUUCCUUCAAAAUAUUUUUCUUUGCAUUGUAUGAAGCAUUUAUUCAGUC